CGACGCUCCCUGCUUCCGCACCCUUGGUCCUUUGUUUCUCUGCCUUCAUAUCCUACGUGGGGUUUCUUUCCUUUCUACUUCGUGCUGUCCACACGUCGAUUCCCCUAUUGAGGCUGCAAAUUUUGCAUCUGUUCUUGCUAUUUAAUUCAUAUCUAGCUGCUGCUUGGUGUUGACGGCAUCUCAGCUGUUUUUCUAUCCGUCUCGCUCUCUUGUGCUCGUGUUUUCUCGCGAUUUCCAGUCGACGCGUCUCAUUCUUAUAGACGUACCGUUCCUUUGUAAAGACAAUUGCACAGACGGACCUUUUUUCCUGUGGAAACUGUCGUAUUCCUCGUAAACCGUCUUUUUUCAUUUACAUAUCAAAGAACCGGUUCAUUCCUUAUUUCUCGCGCUACAGCAAAGUUUAACGAGAAAAACACGUACGGUUCAUUUCUCAUCAUUCAAUUGCAUCAGCUACAACGCUCAAUUGUCUGUUAAUAUCGUUCUUUUGACGGUAUCCCCUUCAUUUGCGCAUUUCUUCGAAUAAGCUUUUUCGCUAUGUUUCGCGUUCUUUUUGCUCUCCUGCUUGCUACGGCUUCGCACGCAUUAACUAUCGGCCGUCGUGGCUUCGACUACUCCUCUGACAAGGUUCGUGGAGUCAAUCUUGGCGGCUGGCUUGUCCUCGAAUCCUGGAUCACACCUUCGCUCUUUUCGGACACUUCUGUUUCAGAUGAAUGGUCAUUGUGUGAGACUUUGGGUCAAACUGCAGCUGCUGAGCGUUUGACCAACCACUACAACACUUUUAUCAACGAGUCUGACUUUUCCAAAAUCGCGGGAUAUGGUUUUAACGCCGUUCGCAUUCCCAUCGGCUACUGGGCUUUUAACGUGUCGGAUGGAGAACCGUUUGUACAAGGACAAGAGGCUUAUUUAGACUCGGCUAUCUCGUGGGCCAACAAUGCUGGAUUGAAGGUUUGGAUUGAUCUCCAUGGUGCUCCUGGAAGUCAAAACGGUUUUGACAAUUCUGGAAAGAAGGGUGACAUUGGUUUCCAAAAGGGCAACACCGUUGACCGCACAGUGGAAAUCCUCGAAUACAUCAUCAAAAAGUACACGGGUUCGGACUAUGUGGAUACUGUGAUUGGUAUCGAGACUCUUAACGAGCCUUUGGCUUCUGACCUUGAUCUUGAUGGUUUGAAGGAGUUUAACGCUGCUGUUUACUCCAAACUUUACUCAACUUAUUCCAACGUGGCCACCGUCUUUCACGAUGGCUAUAUUAGCAUGUCUAAUUGGAACGACGGUAUGGUGGAUCCCUCUUCUUCGGGUAUUGUGAUGGAUACCCAUCAGUACUUUGUUUUCUCCAGCAAUGAUUGCAACGAGACAUUUGAAAACGAGUUGAGCAGUGUUUGCACAGCUGGAAAUGAGAUUGCUAGCUCACCCUUCAAAGUCGUUGUUGGCGAAUGGUCUGCCGCAAUUAACUUUUGCACUUCUUGGCUUACAAACAUGUGCACCGGUAGCGGUUAUGAUAAUGUCACUGAGGACAGCACUUACAUUACCAAGUGUCAAAAUGACAUUGCCAGUUGGUCUGGUCAAUUCAAGAGCAUGCUUCGUCGAUUUGUUGAGGUUCAGAUGGAUGAAUAUGAACGUGGUGCCGGUUGGAUCUUUUGGACAUACAAAACCGAGUCGCCUAGCCCACUUUGGGAUGUUCGUUUGCUUAUUGACUACGGCGUCUUCCCUCAACCUUUGUCGGACCGCCGCUUCAGCUCGGUUUGCUAAGCUAUGCUCUACUGUUCAUUUAUUGGAGAGUCACUUCAAGUGACUGUUCGCCCAUUGUUAUCUAUCCUCUAUAUUCGUUUUUCAUGUUUUCAUUUCGUUACCUAAAUACUGUUUUCAGAGACUGGCUCUGUUUCUUCGGACUGAAGAGGUUUUCCUGGUAUCGCUGGUUCCCCUCCUUUCCGUUCGCAUAUGUGCUCUGCAUUAUACUUGCAUUCCGUCUGGCUACGUGAAUGCACUCCACUUUAUUACCUUUUUCCUCUUUCCAAUACUGUUCUCUUUCCGAUUUCAUUGCAUGUUUACAGACUUGAAUGGACCUUCCCGAGUGCUGGUGUGCAUUGUGAACCAGCUAUUUGUUUUUUUUUUCUUUUGUACUUAUUGUCGUAGAUAGUUUUUUCCUUAUAAAUGUAAAUUGAGUAUACUGAAAGUGUUGAUGGAAGUGGAAUGGGUACAUUUAUAUUUCCAAGUGGUU